GUGCGCAGUCGAUGUCUAGUGCGCGCACAGGAAGCAGCGUGGCAGCCCCACGUUCAGUCGCAGUAUUCCGAAGUGCGUACGGACGCCUUGCUAAUCUCCGAGGGGAGGAAACCGCAGUAGACGAAACCCAGACGUAUUGCAGCAGUGAUGGGAACCGUACCAGAUGAGCAAAAGGCCAUUCCAUCGUGGCUGGACAGAGCAUUCAUCGUGAGCGCACUUAAGUGUGGCGACCCGACAGUCGACGAAUCAAGUGUCCAACUAAAGUCGAUGGGCCAGGUUGGUGGUGGACUCCUAAGUGAAACUUACAGAGUAGUCGCUCAAUUGCACUCUCUCGGAGAGUCCCAUGAGCGGGAAACAUCAGUUAUCGUGAAGAGCUCGCCAACAGUGGGUGGCUUCAUCAAGGAACUGGCGGACAGCGGUGUGUUCACCAAGGAGACGGUCGCCUACGCCAGCUUCCUGCCCGCCAUGGACUCUGUGCUCGAGACCAUAGAGGGCGAAAGCUGGAGGCCACUGGCUCCCAAGUUCUACCACCACGGGUCGCAGCCUACCAGCUUCUUGGUGGUCGAGGAUCUGGACGCCUCGGGAUGCCACAAAGUAGCUCAAGGUGUCAGCCUGGACGUGGACCAGUGCAGAGCUGUGCUGCGAAAUCUGGCUCGCAUGCACGCCGCCUCGGUGACACUACUCGAUGACCAGCAGUACAACGAGAAACUCUUUCACCAGUCACUCAUCUUCUCCAGAAGACUGGUGGACACUUUCGAAGACAAAAAUCAGAGGUAUGUGGACGGUACAUUCGAUUUCCUGGAAGAUUACACGUGGUUUCAGAAAUACGUACACAAGAUGGAAAAACUGUCCACGCGUUUUGUGGGAGAGGUAGUGGAUGUGGUGGAGCAGUGCCAGGUGGACUUCAAGGUCAUGGUGCAUGGAGACCUGCACAAGAAUAACGUGAUGUUCCGGGAAGAUAGCGACGGCUUGCAGGUCCGGUUCUACGAUUUCCAGGGAAUCCACAUCGGGUCUCCAGCGGAGGACCUGCAGUACUUCUUUCACACGAGUGCCAGUCUGGAGGUGCUGCGCGACCACACGCAGGGCCUGCUGGCCGACUACCACGCCGUGCUGCAGCGCACGCUGCGCGCCCUGGGGCUGCAGCGGCAGGCGGACGGCUACCCGCUCGAGCAGCUGCUGCGAGACAUGGACCACUUCGGCAUGAUCGCCGUCUUCGUGUCUUUCUUUAUGCUGCCUUUUAUGCUCAAUUUCGGCGAAAUGGAAUUUGCAAUAGAUACUUCGGACGAUCAGUUUGAAGUGAAAUCCAAGAAAUUCUAUGAGAAGAGUUGGCGGAACGACAGAUACCUUGCAUAUCUUCAACAUCUUUUGCCUGUCUUCGAUUCGAAAGGGCUCCUUGACCAGAAAGUUUGAUUCGAUAAAAAAUAUAGGGGUAAUCAAGUAGUUAUAUUGGUUCCCACCUGUUUACACGUUGCGUAUACUGAGUGAGGCUGACCGGGGUGGCCGAGCGGUUCUAGGCGCUUCAGUGUGGAACCGCGCGACCGCUACGGUCGCAGGUUCGCAUCCUGCCUCGGGCAUGGGUGUGUGUGAUGUCCUUAGGUUAGUUAGGUUUAAGUAGUUCUAAGUUCUAGGGGACUUAUGACCUAAGAUGUUGAGUCCCAUAGUGCUCAGAGCCAAUUUUUUGAAUCCUGCCUCGUGCAUGGAUGUGUGUGAUGUCCUUAGGUUAGUUAGGUUUAAGUAAAUCUAAGUCUAGGGGACAGAUGACCUCAGAUGUUAAAGUCCCAUAGUGCUUAGAGCCAUUUGAGCCAUAAGACUCGUCGUGUAUAGAAUUUCCUUAUGUGGAAGGACGAAAAUAUUGAUUGAGCAAUUACACAAACUAUUAAUAGUUGCUCUGUAUAUUUCCCGUGAUAAUGUCGCAAUAAAGAUAACUUUAGAAAACAGUUAGGAAUCUACGUUCAGAAUAUAGACAACUAGUUUUCACUUGGGGACCUACAUCCUCAACGGUGCCCACAUACGAAAAAUUAGCGUUUUUACGAUACGCCCUUACAUAUUACACAAUUUCGUUGAUCGUGUAACAUUAGUAAGACAAAAGGAGUACAAUGACUGGCGUGUAUAAAUCAGUGAACAUCACAGAGAUAAAACAAUUGUAACAUUAGAAAGACGAAAGGAGCACAAUGACUGGUGUCUAUAAAUCAGUGAACAUCACAGAGAUAAAACAAAAAGUGCUCAGUGGUUUUUAUGUUAAACUUCUAAAGUGUUCGCAGAAAUAGCAGGAGCAACGAUUGGAAAAAGCUUCGAUGGUAUAAAUGAGGUUCCAGUCAAGUUAAUUCUCAAUAAUGGAGACAAAUA